GGGCCCUGGUGGAGGUGCUGGGGCCUUACGAGCCUCUGCUGAGCCGGGUCCAGGCAGCCCUGGUGUGGGAGCGGCCAGCCAGGAGCGCCCUGUGGUGCCUGGGGCUGAACGCGGCUUUCUGGUUCUUUGCAUUGACAUCCCUUCGUCUUGUGUUUUUACUUGCAUUCAGCUUGAUGAUCAUUGUGUGUGUCGAUCAAUGGAAGAACAAAAUCUGGCCUGAAAUAAAAGUGCCAAGACCCGACGCAUUAGACAAUGAGAGCUGGGGCUUUGUACACCCUCGGUUGCUCAGCGUGCCCGAGCUCUGCCACCAUGUAGCUGAAGUCUGGGUUAGUGGGACCAUUUUCAUAAGGAAUCUUUUGCUUUUCAAAAAGCAAAACCCAGGCAAGUUCUGCUUGCUGAGCUGUGGGAUACUGACCUUUCUGGCUGUCUUGGGUCGUUACAUCCCUGGCCUCCUGCUGUCCUACUUGAUGCUUGUCACCGUCAUGAUGUGGCCCCUGGCUGUGUAUCACCGACUGUGGGAUCGAGCAUAUGUGCGACUGAAGCCAGCUCUGCAGCGGCUGGACUUCAGCGUCCGUGGCUACAUGAUGUCCAGGCAGAGAGAGAGACAAUUGCGCCGCAGAGCUCUACAUCCAGAACGUGCCCUGGACAACCACAGUGACAGCGAAGAGGAGCUUGCUGCCUUCUGUCCUCAGCUGGAUGAUUCUACUGCUGCCAGGGAGUUGGCCAUCACAGACUCUGAGCACUCAGAUGCUGAGGUCUCCUGUACAGACAACGGCACAUUCAAUCUUUCAAGAGGCCAAACACCUCUAACAGAAGGCUCUGAAGACCUAGAUGGUCACAGUGAUCCAGAGGAAUCCUUUGCCAGAGACCUUCCAGACUUCCCUUCCAUUAAUGUGGAUCCUGCUUGCCUGGAUGAUGAGGACGACACCAGCAUUGGGAUGCCCAGCUUGGUGUACCGUUCCACACCUGCAGCUGAAGUGCCCCGGGCCUCGGCCCCAGCCUCUGGCAGCCGGGAUGAGGCUGCACUGCCAGAGCUCCUGCUUGGUGCCCUGCCUGUAGGAUCCAACCUUACCAGCAACCUUGCCAGCCUGGUCUCCCAGGGUAUGAUCCAGCUGGCCUUGUCAGGGGCCUCCCAGCCAGACCCUUCUGGCCCACCUCCCCGGAGGGCAGCCAGAGGCUUUCUCCGUGCCCCCAGUUCAGACCUGGACACUGACGCUGAGGGGGAUGACUUUGAACUUCUGGACCAGUCGGAGCUGAAUCAGCUGGACCCUGCCAGUUCCAGGAGCCACUGAGGCAGAGAUUGCUUUUGAGGGUCACUGUGGUUUAGGGUUUUUUUCUCCCCUUCCCACUUAGGGUGACAGGGCAGAGAAGAACCCAGGUCCCAUCCCCUGAAUUACAUUUUUAUGCUGGGUGGCCUAGCUGAUGCUCACAGGGCUGCUAAGAGAGGAUCCUCACUCCCCACUACCAGCUGGACACCCAUUUCUGAGCUCAGUCACAGAAGUGAGCGUGCUCCCCCAAGGGAGGCUUCUCUUCCAUCAGGAUGGUACUUUGGGGAACGAAGUAGUCAGGGAUAUUGGUUCCCCUUCAAGAAGUGCUGCUGUUUGCUUUUAGGUGUGGGUGUUUAGGGGCCCUCACUGAUAGAACUCAUCCCUUCCUCCCUCCCUCCCUUCCUCCCUUCAUCACCUCCCUAGAGCCCCAAAAGUCAGGCAGCAGCUUGAAGAGUUACAUUGUCAUCUUCUGUCCAACCAGGAUUUGACCUUUUUUUUUUUCUUCAAGAGCAGGUUUGCCCUUUGGCUUGGCAGGCCACCUCCCUCUCCUCUAGCCUAUCCCCAUUUCUUGAGGCCUGACCUCCAGUGCUCCAUUAUAUUGCUUGUGAAAUUUAAGAAAUGUGAAUAUGAUGUGGGGAUAGGCCUAUUCCACAUCACCUUGGACCAUGGGGGUCAGCUGGCUGGGAGGGUAGUGAGUGCCUGUGUCUCAAGGUCUCACCAAAUCUUCGAGAGCUGUGUGGUUGUCUUUGGUGCUGUUAACCCCUGGCUCCAUCUGACCAUCAGCCUGAGCAGUGAGCAAAGCAAUACCAUACCCAUUUCUAUGUUCCUGUUCCUUCCCCUGCUUCUCCUUUGGAGAAGCAAUAAUUCCAUGGGGAUGGCCAAGUAGCACUUUACAGAUGGCUCCAUGGCAUUCAUCCUAGGAGCCAUCAGUUCUUGCACCAGCUUUUCUAACACCCCGUUCAGCUCUUUUACAACAUUUAUUUUUUAUUGCUUCCCAACUUGGCAGGGCCUCAUUUAAAGAGGGCCCAGUUAGCAAGGAUUUGUCCAUUAUUAGCAGAGACCCUUCCCUAUGGGGUUUGUGGCCCUAGUAAAAAUCAUGUACACCGAAUCCCCCAUGUGGUAAUUCUAACCCUGUGCCAGUUUAUAGCCUCUCUCUGCCUCUCCAAUCAGAGCUCAAGCCAAACUCUUGUAUCCUCUUCCCCUUUGCAUCAACCCUUUCCUGAUCCUCAGGGACCACUCUCCCAACACCCCCAUACUUGGGUGAGGGAUAUUGGACAGAGCCCAUUUUCCUGUGCUGCAGGUGGGGGUGUGCUAAUGUUUGCUCUUGGAUGAUGGACAAGGCACAGAGGCCAGGGAGUGGAAAGUUAACACUGAGAAGGGAGACGAGCUGUCUCAUAGUCAACUUACCUCUGU